GGCAGCAGUCACAGUUGUGCCAGUCGGGUUAUUUGUGUGGCAGAUUUGAUUAUGUAAUACAUCAACCAAAAUUCUUUAAUCAUUCUCAAAAUUGCGUACGAAGGUAAACUACAAUAAUGGCUAUGUUAGCAGAGCCUCGGAGGAGACAGAAAUGGUCGUUGAAUCCAAGAGGAGCGUUGUGGGCUAACGAGUCGCUUGUGUCAACAAACUUCCCAUUUCCUGUGCUAAAUCCGCACACCAAUUGUACCCAUAGACGCUAGGGCACUUUCAUCACAACAAUUGUAAACACCGACUUCGAACCACUACAUUUUUAAGGAAACUACAAUUUUUAUGACAAUAAGUUUGGACAAAAGCUGAUGGAGAAGAUGGGAUGGUCUAAAGGUAAAGGUCUUGGAAAAGAUGAGCAAGGUGACAAAGACCACAUUUCAGUUCGCAUAAAAGACAACACGAAAGGUCUUGGGUACAAAGGAAAAGAUGAUGAAUGGAUAAAACACUAUGAAGGCUUUGAGGAAGUUCUGGCCACCCUAAAUAGUGAAAAUAAUAGUAGAGCCAGUUCCCCUUGCAGUGAUGCCCCAAACAAUGAAGUGAAUGUGGAUUGCAAAGCCUCAAAACACACAUCGUUGGAAGCUCUAUCCAAAAAUUCUAAUGCAAGAUUGCAUUAUAAAAAGUUCACUCGAGGAAAGGAUCUAAGUCAACUCAACCUGGAUGAUAUUGAAUGCAUCACUGGAUCAAAACGUGCCAAGCAGCUUGCAGAAAUUGCUAAAAAAGAACAUUUUGAAGAGGUGGAAGUAGGAAAACAAGAACGAGCUAGUGGUAUUACAACUAUUAAAGGUGGCAAUAUUCAGGAUUAUUUUGCAAAGAAAAUGGCAAUGUUGAAUAGUAGUGUUGGCCACCGAGCAAACACUUCAGCUGAAGUUUGUGAACCAUUGAAUGAUGAAUAUGAAGAGAGUCAGAUGCAUGAAGACUCAAAGAAAGGUAAGAAAAAAAGGAAAACUGAAGAUGCUGCUGAUGUCUGUGAAGGUAACGAGAAAUUAAGUUCAGAAUGUGAUGAAAGUAAGAAGAAGAAAAAGAAAAGUAAAAAAGAGAAAGGUGUCACUGAAAUUUGUGAAGGUAAUGAAAAUAGUAUUGCAGAACAGGAUGGACCAGAGCCAGUGAAGAAGAAAAAGUAUAAGGAAAAAGAUGUUGCUGACAUCUUUGAAAUUAACAAAAAACAAAUUCCAGAAUGUGAUGAAACAAAGAGAAACAAAAAGAAAAAGAAAAAAGAUGUUGCUGAUAGCAUUGAAGUUAAGGAAGAAAAUAUUCCAGAAUGCGAUGAAAGAGAGAGAAACCAGGAGGAAAUAACAGAGGAAAAUGGGGUUGCUGUUAACUCUGAUAAUACCAAGAAAAUUAAGAAGAAAAGGAAAAAGGACAAAGAUGAUGCUGAUAUAUGCAAAAGUACUGAAGACAUGUUGUCAGAGUGUGAUGAGAUCAAGGAAAACAGAAAGAAAAGAAAAAAGGCCAAGGAUGCUCCAGAUACCUCAGGAGAUAUUGAAGGAAGUACUUCAGAAGGUAAUGAUAUAAAUAAAAACAAGAAAAGGAAAAAGGAAAAGGAUGCUACUGGUACUGGAGAUGAGGGAAAUCUUGUUUUGGAACUUGAAGGUAAACUAAAAAAGAAAAAGAAGUCAAAGCAAAGUGAAAAAGAUAGAUAGCUAUAGAUUUAUUUGGAUCUAAGCUCAGGGUGCUGCAUUAUUCACUAGGAGGCAUUAAUAAAUAAUGAAUUCUAUUUCUCUAGCAAAAAAAUUUGAGAUGAAUUGAAAAAACCAAUACUUAUGCAAUGUGAAGAGUAGUAUUUUUCUCAUUAGAAGGGAAUCCAAAAUUUAUACAGAAUGAAAGUGAAUGCAGCACAAGUUCUAAUUGAAAGGAAGUACAGCAUUUUACUGCCUUAGUAUUUAAGAGUGAGUAAAAACAAAAUGGUGAAAAGUGUUGUAUGAGAAUUGGGGGGUAAAUACUAACCCAUUUUAUUUACUAAUUGGAAAUAACAUACCAAAUGCUACUAGGUAUGGAUUUAGUUUUAAUUGGCAUGUAAGAGAAAUUUUAAAUUAUUUUAAUUUUAUGGUUUUCAGUUAUAUUUUGAUAUAUUUAAAAGGGAUAUUUUCUUGUGUAUGAUAAUUUAGGAAUCAUACUACGUGACUGUUUGCUGAAUAUUAAAUUCCUGUUAAUAUUCAA